AAUGGAAAAAUAGAUUGUAAUUGCUUAAUAGAGGGCUGUUCAAAUCAAAGGAGAUAGAUAUGGUGUUGAAUUUUCAUAUGAAAUUAAUGGUAAGGUUGCUAAAUAGAAGACUGGUUUUGGUUUUAAAACUGUAGGAGAUUUAAUGAGUAUUAUUCUCAAAAAUGAGAUUGCAUAAAAUCUAUGUCCAUUCAAUUCAUAAAAUGAUUUAUUAGGGUAUGAUAUGUUGCUUGCUGAAGUGAAACAUAUAUCUAUUAAACCAGUGGAUGAAUGUAUUUAAUAAUAUUAAGUUAGAGGAUAUGAUAUUUGUACAUUUUAUUGUUAAUAACACUACUUAAUCUUUCCUUUUUAAUAAAAAAUAAAUAACUAUUAAGAAUGUACUAAUAAAUUUUAAUUUUAGGCUAUUUCUGAAUAUAACAAAGAUAAAGAGGGUGUACUUAAAAUAGAUAAUUACACAUUAUUUGAAAUCAUGGGAAAAUAGAUUAAUGAAGGAAAUAUCAAUAAGUACUUAUUUGAAAUGAUAAGUGGAGAACAAGGAUAUAUCAAAUAACUUGUUUAAUGA